CUCCCAAAAAGGAACACCAACUCGACGACGGAUCUUUAUUCCUUUCGCGACACAACAACUUACAACUUAUCGUCGCAACAAGUUUAUCAAUCUCAGAGGGAGUGGGGAAUUGAGAUAUACAGGGUACACGAUCGAAAUACGACGCGCAGCUGCGCAUUUCGACGAUUCACGAUGACGUCCCUCGAUGUGCGCGACAUGCUGGACCUGCCCAAUAGUGCCGGUCCGCGCCCAGCGAAGAAACAAAAACUCACCAACGCGAGACCCAACUUGAAGGGAUUACAACGUGAGGUUCAGAGCCUGGGGGGGGACAACCCGAUCUCGAUUGUGCCAGCAGUCCCCCAGUUCAAGAAGAGGAGGCUUGUGAGCCGCAAGCCAGCCGCGAAAUGGGAGUUGAAGCCCUUCAAGAAUAGUGCGAGGGAGGAUGACAUGAAGCUGAAGCACUGGAGGAGGAAAGUUGAAGUGCCGCCGAAGCAAGAGGCGCAGGAGGGAGAGGGUGGAGAGGCGGCGGCAGAGGGUGAAGUGAAGGAGGAAGUGGACGACUCGGCAUUCGCAAAGUUCAAUGUCCAAGUCAACAUCCCCAAAUACGACGACGAACAAUACGAAGCCAAGCUCAAGAACGAAGACUGGACCAAAGAAGAAACAGACUACCUAAUGCAAACAGCGCGCGACUUCGACCUCAGAUGGCCUCUCGUCUGGGACCGCUACGAAUACCAGCCCGCCCCUCCCCCCGAAGGCACCGAGAGCACCGCCCUCGUCCCCGAACUCAAACCCCGCACCCUCGAAGACCUCAAAGCGCGCUACUACGACGUCGCUGCGAAGAUGAUGUCUGUCCACCGCCCCGUCCAGUUCAUGAGCCAGGUCGAAUUCAGCCUGCACCAGCUCAUGUCGUCUUUCAACCCUGUACAAGAAGCGCUGCGCAAACGAUUCGCUGAGAACGCUAUGUCGCGCAGCUCUGAGGAGCGCCGUGAGGAGGAGAGUCUACUUAUCGAACUCAAGCGCAUCAUGGCGCGCUCGGAGCGCCUCAACGAGGAGCGCAAGGACUUGUACGCUCGUCUUGACGCACCACUCAGCAGCAGCAAUGUAGGCGUCUAUACCACCUCUGCAGGCCUGCAGCAGCUCGUCCAGCAGCUCAUGAAUGCCGAUAAGUCCAAGAAGCGGAAAUCGAUCCUUGGCCCCGAGGGAACCCCUACGGCUGGACCUGGCGCAGCGCCUGUCGAUCGCCGCGAUAGCACCGCCGUGCGCGAGCCCGCGGCCGCCACGCCAGUGACAGCCAAGAAGGGCGGUGCGGGCCCAGCGGAGCGACGCAAGCUGAGCGAGGAGGACCAAGUUGUCUUCGGUGUAUCGACACACGACCGCCUCCAGAGCGGCCCACAGUUCCGCUACGACCGCAUCGCCAAGAUGGUCAGUAGUCGCUCGGCGGUGCUGGCGAGCCGAAUCACGAAUGUGCUUACUGAGCUGGAGAUCCCGCCGCGUCUGGUGAUGCCGACCCUUGAGGUUGGGACGGCGUUCGAGGCGCUGCUGGGGAGCAUUAAUGUCCUACUUGAUACGCGGAAGGCGUCGGAUAAGCUGGAUGGAGAGAUUAAACUUGCGGAGGCGCAGAAGGCGGAGAGGGAGAAGAAGGAGGGGAAGAAGAAGGAGGAGGAGGGGGGGCAGGAGGAGGGGGAGAAGGAGACGGAGGCAGAGGUGGAGAAAGAGGGAGAGAUUAAGGCUGAGGGGGGAGAGAAGGAGAGGAGUGUUUCGGUGGCUAGGGCGGGGUCGGUGCAGGCGCAGACGGCGGCGCAUAAGAGGAGUGCGAGCGUUUUGAGUCAGGUUAGUGAUAAGAGCACGAAGAGGCAGAAGAAGUAGAUGGCUUGUUAAAGGGGGUUGGUGCUGUAUAAUAGGGUUGUUGCUGGGUUUAGCGAUGGUGCUGUGGUGUACGAAUAUCAUGAUUAAUUAAUACACAUUAUGCUUCUAUACUUUGUAUGGAUUUUAGGGCGGAGAUGGGGUCACGGGGGUGCAUGUUUGAGGCUGGGGAAAUUCAAGGCUGUGUGUAUUCGACCAUGAGCUCAGCUAGUGAUAGAUAUUGAAAACGGGAACGGUCAUUUGGGUCUUACGCGUGUCAACAAGUGAUAGUAAUAUAUUCCAUUACCGCAGCACCCUAGCUACUUCAAAUACAUCCUCC